AUGGCCACCCCGACCUACCUCGACAAGCUCGCACGCGACAAGCGCGACUUUGUCGCCGCCCUCGACACCGGCACCGCCCAACACUGGGUCGUCGCAGUCGGCAACGAGGCAGGAGACCUCGACUCUCUCGCGUCGGCCCUCGCCUACGCCCACUUUGCCGCACAACGCGAGCCCGCCUCGUCCGCCCGCCGCUUUGUCCCCCUCGUCCUCACCGCCCGCACCGACCUGCACCUCCGUCCAGAGAACGUCCUCGCCCUCGAGGCAGCAGGCGUCACGAGCGACCUCCUCGUCACCAUCGACGACCUCCCGAAACCCUCGUCCCCUCCCUCGACCCUCGCCCCAGGCGCCAGCUUCGCCCUCGUCGACCACAACUCGCUCCUCGCCCCCUUUCGCUCCAACCCGUCCGACCCGUCCGACCCGACAGACGACGCGCGCGUCGCGUCCAUCGUCGACCACCACGCCGACGAGGGCCGGCACCUCGGCGCGAGCCCGCGCCGGAUCGAGGUGACGGGCAGCUGCGCGUCGCUCGUCGCCGACCACUUUCUCGGCACGGCCGCCGACGGCAACGUGCACGGCGAGCUCGACGUCCCGACAGCCCUCGCCGACCUCCUCUUGUCGUCCAUCAUGAUCGACACGCGCCUCAAGCUCGUUGCCGACGGCGGCAAGGCGACCCCGCUCGACGUCUCGGCGCUGCACGCCCUCCUCCCGCUCUCGUCCUUCGCCACCUCGACCACCUCGUCCAGCAUCAACGCCUCGUCCCCCUCGGCGACCGACCCGCCCUCGUCGGCCGCGCUCGCCGCGCUCAAGGCGCACAACGACCGCCUCGGCCGCGCCAAGGAGGACGUCGCGCACCUCUCUGCGCGCGACCUCCUGCGGCGCGACUACAAGGAGUACCUCGUGUCGGGCGUGCGCUACGGCCUGAGCACGGUCCCGCUCGCGCUGUCGACCCUCCUCGAGGCCGACCCGUCGCCGUCGAUCGCGCGCGCGGACCGCGUCACGCAGCUCGUCGCCGCCGUGCGCACCUGGAUGGACGAGCGCGAGCUCGACAUGGCCGGCGUCCUGACGAGCUACGUCCACGUCAAGCGCAAGAGCGGCAAGGAGGGCAAGCACCGCCGCGAGUUUGCCCUCGUCCUGCGCGGCCGGGCGGCAAACGCGGCGGCGCUCGAGGGCGUGUUCGAGACGCUCGAGGGCGACGACGUGCUCGAGCUCAAGGAGUGGAAGGACGCGAGCGAGUACGGCGUCGCCGAGGGCGGGUGGGGCGAGGGCGAGCGCGCCGACAGGUGGCGCAUCUGGCAGCAGGGCAACGACCGCGCGACGAGGAAGCAGGUCGCGCCGAGCAUGAAGGGCGCCGUCGAGCUCGCGGUUGGGGCCGAGGGCGGCGAGGCGUAG